AUGGACGAUAGCCUCAGUAAUCACACGCACAUGGAUCCGAUGGUAAAAGUCUUUCUUGAUGACGUAUCUACCAAAAGCACCAACAUUAAUGAGUUUUUAAAGACUGCAAGCAAUGCCAAAUACUUUUUGGUUGACGCCAGACGACCAAAUUGUCCCGGAGGAGACACAGCCCUUCAUGUUGCAGCGAGAAGUGGAAAUUUAUCAGUUCUUGCUUUAGCGAUUGAAGCUGGGGCUGACAUUGAAGCCGUGAACACGGCUGGAAAACGUCCUCUUCACGAAGCAGCUCAGUGUGGACAUCCAGAGUGUGUUCAAUUCCUAAUUGAGAACGGGGCAAAUCUUGCCAGCAGGGCCGGUGUUGAGCCCAUUAUCUAUGAGUUAACUGCAUUUUGUGCGGCUUUGAUUUCUGGAAGGACUAAAAACGGCCGUACUCCAUUGCAUUGCCUUGCUCUUUCAAAAGCUGUCCAUCCCACCGCAAGCGUUCGAAUUGCAAGCAGUUUCCUCCUCCACGAUGCUCGACUACUGUACUCUGCUGAUGCCUGUGGUUGUCUUCCCAUUAUGGAUGCAUUGCGCCAAGGAAAUUUGCAACUUGCUCAUUUCCUUUUGGAUGAGUCUGUGAACUCCCCGGAAAUUUUACUCCGUCGGGACAAAGUGGGCUAUCAGGCCAUUCACGUGGCUGCGGAAGCUGGCCAAGUAAGUGCGUACUAUUUUUCCUAG